UGUUCGUGAAAAUGAAACUUACCAAGACGGAACUAAUGAUAUAUUAUUUAUUGUCAUGCUGUGCUCUUCACGGACUGUCUUAUGGACAGGAAAAUGCAGAAAACACAGCAGAAAACAACGCUCACUCAACACCGAUAGAGGACACAGCUCAAUUCCACAAACAAAAUCAGGAGAGAAGGCGAGUUGAAUGUGAUUUUUUUUUAAGAGCCAUUAAACUUUCUUACUUAAAUUUAUGGUAUGCGACGGAUACAACCUCAGGUUAAAGAAGUGCAACAAUACUUACCUACAUUACGAUUGAAACCGUUGCUGAUCUUUUUUCAGAUACAUCGAUAACUAGACAUUUUAACCUUGUUCAGUUCAUUUGAGAUAUAAUCCACGGUAAAAUUUCCGCACAGCCCCAUCCAACAUUAUGCACUCAGUUCUUGGAUAGAGAAAACAAUGUCAAAAACAAUACAUUGCCAGUGGGAAAACAGAUUUUUUUUACAAGGGUAUGGGGCUGUGCGGAAAUUUUAUCAAAUCCACUUCCUGUUCAAUGAUUACCAGGGCUCUAGACACAAAUCAAACCUGAAUAUUCUUCAAGUGAAUUUCAACUUAAACAAUGCGCCUUUUCAUAUAACAUCCAAACUGUUCAUUACCGAAUGUAAGAAAAUUUUCAAAAGUAGUCUUUGAAUAAGACCAUUUUGUAAGAUUUAAACAGCCUUCUUGAAAUAAGAAGAAUCACUCCUGUUAAAAUUUUAAGAAAAAAAUAAUUUGUUUUUUAACAUUUUCUUAGCAAAAUAAAUAUCAGUUUUUGAGUGAUGAUGAUAAGAUUAUUGAAAAAAAUUUGUUUAAUCAGUAAAUUAUGUUGAUACAAAGCUGACUGUUGAGAGCGGGUGUGUAUAAUAUUCAAGUUAAAUUGAAUGAGGAAUUAAUUUUAGAAAAGUCUGUUUUCUUUCCCAUAUUUAUUCUGUAAAACAGCUGCAUAAAUGAUAAUACACAUAUUCCACAUUAUUCCAAAGUACAUAAUUGGGGAUCAUGGAAAAAGAGCCAUCAAACACACACCCCAGGCAUUUUUAGCAACUUCUCUCUACUCUUUUCAGAGUAUUUAGAACUUGCUACUUCAAUUUCAGAACUCUGAUUGCUGUCAACAGUGAUGUGGCUGAACCAUUUAGAAGCUGUCUUUUAAAAAAGUAAUUAUUUACUUAAUUUAUCAAUUCCAUCAUUUUAGACAUUUACUUGCUCAUCUAGCUGACAGAAUGGAUCUGGAUGGAGAAGGUUUGAGGUAUUUCACUUUUAUUUUUAGAGUUUUUUCAUAUUGUUAAAGGCUCCUACACAAGAAAGCAUUAAAAUAUACUUUGUAAAUUAAAACUUGAUUUGAAAAAUAUAGACUCAGUUGAAAAUAUAUUUCCCAGGAAAUAUAAUUGCCUUGUAGCAUUUCAACAAUAAUUAUUGUUUCAUAUUACCUUCCUUCCCUUUAGCGUCUUGUUUUCUCAUACCUGCUGUUGUUACGUUGCAGACAUAUAAAAAAACACUUAGGGGAAGUAACUGGACAAGACCAAGAAAUAAAAGAUGUGCAAAAUGGUGACAAUUCUAAAGGUACUGUUGAGACCAAAUUGUAACCCUUUACACUGUAACAACAGUAUUGAUAUUCUCUAUACUCUUCUCUACACAUUUCCAUUGGCACUGAUAAGGAGAAUGUUUCUGAUAAUCAAAGCCUCAUGGAUUGACAACCAUUUCUUUUAUUCUCGUGAUCUUAAUGAAUGAUUAAGAAGUGUUUCUGUAAGAAGAAACUGGAUGCUGGUUACUAUGUGGGUUUAAAGGAUUCAGCAACAUUGCAUUUGAAAACCCUCCACAAGAAAACUUUUCCUACUCCCCUUGAGAACUAUCUAGUUUAUUGAAAGAUGACUCUGAGUAUUCCAAGUUCUUGUAUGUUUUUUGCUGUUGUUGUUUUUUGUUGUCUCUGUUACACAGGAAACAAGGAAUAGGUCCUUAUCAUGAUACCCAAUACUAAAUCAAUAAAAAAGAGAACCAGAAUAAAGCACCAACAAUGUAGAAGUGCAUUAACCACAAGAUACACCUGGAAGGAUGCUCAAAAUUUGAGAUUAUGAGUGAAAAAGUAAACCAUGGAUUUUAGCAGUGGGCAUGAUGGCAGAUUUCCCUGAGUAAUGCUUGUAAUGCAUGCAUGUAUGCAAAAAAGAGGAACAGCAAGGAAGGGUUAACAUUAUGAUUAUUAUUGUCUGCAGGUAUAUUUUAUUUCUUCAAGCUUCAUGAUUAUGAUGACAACCAAAAGCUAGAUGGCUUAGAAUGGAUGAAUGCACUGACAGAUUUUCACACAGAAGAUGAUAGCAAAGGUGAAUUCAAAGAAGGAGGGCGCAUGUUCCUUGAGCAUGAAGCAGAAGCCAUUGUAGAUGAACUUCUGAUGAAACAUGACAGAGAUGAUGAUGGUAUGAUUGAUUUUAUUGAGCUGAUGAACUCAAAAGUAAACUCAUUCAUGACAGACCUGGACAAGCCUCAGGAAGGAGAACAAGAAACCCAGGAAGAGCAAGAACAGCAACAGGAACAAUCAUCUCUAGAGCAAGAAUUUAAUCAACGACAACAAAAUCAAAAGUCUUCAGAGCAUAAUCAGGCACAGGAUGAAAAUAAACCACAAGAAAACCAAGAACAGGAUCAACAGCAACACCAACCUCAACAGGAAAACCAACAGAAUGAACAACAUGAACAGGAAGACCAACAGGAGCAACAAGAAGAACAACAUCAAGAACAAAGCCAGCAAGAAUCUAAUUCUGAGGGUUUACAAGGAAAUGAAGAACAAGUCAAUCAGCAGAAUGAACCUUCUUUAGAGGAUGAAUAUAAUCAACAUCAACAACAGCAACAACAAAAAUAGCAAUUUAGGUAUUUAGAUAAUAAAUAGAACUGAAAAUGAAUUCAAUAAAUUGCAAGUCUGCAGCUUUUUUCUCAUCAUGAAAAACUUUUCCAUGUCAGUGCCACAUAUUUUUUAUUCAAUAAACAACACACUUUUUUGCC